UGAUCUACCCUUCUGUUACCGCCCACUGCCAGUGCCAGCUUUCGAGAGAUGGUCUACCCAAGAGACACGCGCAUUGAUGCCCCUGCAGCCGUCUACGCGCCUGUUUUUGAUUGGUCAACAACACCUUUAGCAAGAGAUUAUGAGGGCUACUACAUGAAAGUAUUGGAUGACGUCUUCACCCCCGAUGAAUGUGACGCUCUCAUCGCCUUGGCGGAGUCUGAUCAGACAUGGAAACAGGCCGCCUUGCAUUACGGUUUGAAGCCACAGGAAAGUUACGUAAACACGGAUUACAGAAACAGUGAAAGAAUCUUGCGAUUCGACCAUGAGGCUGCAAACCGACUAUAUGAACGCCUUCUCCCCUAUGUCCAGGAACUUUUGGAGAUUAGACCAGGGGGAGAGUGGGAAGGAGUUGUUGGCGCGCCUGGUAGAGUGGAAGGUGUUUGGAAGUUGAUUGGGGUUAAUGAGCGCCUUAGCUACCUGCGCUAUGGUGCCGGAAAUUUCUUCAGAGGUCAUUGUGAUGGCCAACUCCAGCUUCCUGACGGGCGCAAGUCCAGAGUGACGCUUCAAAUAUAUCUCGGGAAGGAGGGCGUACAGGGAGGCGCCACACGAAUUUAUAGCGGGAACGAAAAGCAAUGGGUUGAUGUUGAGCCCAAGCUGGGGAGAGUUCUGAUUUUUCAGCAGAGAGGUAUCUGGCAUACGGGAGAGGAGGUGACGAAGGGUUUCAAAUAUGCUUUGAGGACUGAUUUCAUGUUUGAGCACAAGGUGGAAGAGGAUUAAGCGUUUACAACUUCAAUUGUGCUUGUACCUUCGCUUUUCCGUCAAAUUGAAAAUGUGUUUCAAUAU